GGUAAGCGAUCCAAGUCGAGCCAAGUUUUGUAUGUUUUCGCGUUGCGGCGCGGUUUGUGUUGUACGAAGUAUUAAUCACAAAUUUUGAAAGUCUCUGAGCGACUUCUAUUUCUAAGGUUUUGGCAAGGAACUUCCUUGCCUACAGAAGGCAAGAUGUUGGGUGGCAACACGACCAGCACCUUCAACUUCGGCACCUCCACCCCCGCUACAUCAACAUUUUCCUUUGGGACAAACAAGUCGACCCCCGCUUUCAGCUUUGGUGGGCCACAGCCGUCAACGGGCUUGCCAUCCGUCGCACCCACGUCUACUGCACCGUCGACCACCACCACCGCCGCCACCACUGCUACAACUCAAGCCCCAACACAGACAACCGGCACUGCUGCACCAUCUUCAACAAUGCACUACCGACUUCUGGAGGAGUCCGUCAACCAGUGGAAGGUGGAGCUGGAAGAGCUUGAGAGGAACUUCAUUGACCAAGCCACGCAGGUUAACGCCUGGGACCGACUGCUGCUGUCAAGCGCCGAGCGAGUGGGCCAGCUGAGCUCGCUGGUGGAGCGUGCUCAGCUGGACCAGCAGCGGCUGGAGCACGAGCUGGACUACGUGGCUGCCCAGCAGGGGGAGCUCGAGCGGCUACUGGCGCCCCUCGAGUCCGCGCUGAAGCAGGCGCCUGCCCUCUCUGUACAGCAGCAUGCCGACCUCGAACGUGAACACACGUACCACAUGGCGGAGAACAUCAACUCCCAGCUGAACUGCGUGUCCCGGGACAUUAGGGACAUCGUGGAGCAGUUGAACGCAGCCAAUGCAUUUGCUGCACAGGACAAGCCGCUGCAACAGAUUUCAAAGGUUCUGAAUUCUCACAUGGAUGCCCUUAUGUGGGUCCAGCACAACUCAGGUGUUCUACAGCAGAAGCUGCAGGACCUGGAACGCGCCUGCCAGCAACAAAGAGCCGACCCGUUGCUGAAGCGCUAACACCCAAGCAGCCACAAGCCUCUUUAUUUCGGUGUUAAUAAAUUGUUUUGGUCCUCGC